AUGCCAGGAUUUUUCUUUACACACAGCAGCAUGACUGAAUUGAAUGGAAGAGAGGACUGCAAGCUUGCAGAAGGCAAAAUCCAUAAAAAGAAGCAAAAGGCGUUUGGCGCAGAUCUCAAGAGUUAUUUGAAGUGCAUGGUGCCACAUAUCGAAUCCGGGAUCAAGACUUCGAGCUCCCGAAAUGUUGUGCUUUCUGCAGAGGAAGUAAUGCAGUGGUCCCAGUCUUUGGAAAAGCUCCUGGCCAGCCAAAGUGGUCAAGGUGUCUUCCGGGAGUUCCUGAAGUCAGAAUUCAGUGAGGAAAACAUUGAGUUCUGGUUGGCCUGUGAGGAUUACAAGAAAACCAAGUCUGACCACUUGCAUGGCAAAGCAGAGAGGAUUUAUGAGGAGUUUGUCCAGACAGAUGCUAUCAAGCAGAUCAAUAUUGACUACCAGAUGAGGGAAGCAACAGCUAAAAGGGCUCAAGAGCCAACUCAUACAAGCUUUGAUGAAGCCCAGAAAACUGUGUACAUCCUCAUGGAAAGAGAUUCAUAUCCCAGAUUUCUGAAAUCCAAAGCCUACCUGAACCUUUUGAACCAGGUGCAACCCAACACCUCAAAAUGA